AUGGGCGAGCAUAAUCUCCUUAAUCCAGGGUUUGUGGGACCUUUGGUAAAUAUCCACACUGGGGACACUUUUUAUUUCCCGAAUUUUAGAGCCUCAGGAGGACAACUGGCGGGGCUACCAUCUCUCUCCUACCCGAGAAGGGACAAUGUAUGCUCCCUCCCGUGGAACCCAUCGGAGCCGUGCAAUGGAUAUUCUCAAUCCUAUUUUAGCAGCCCCGUCUCUAUUAACCCUUCUUUUAACCGAUCGUGUGAAAUUUCUCGGCCGGAGGAAGGUAAAUGCUACUAUAGCAAUAGCGGAGGAAACAGGGACCCAUGCUCAGGUGGCAGCAGCAACCUCAAACGAGAGGAUAGGGCGAGAGACACAUCAUCCCUAACAUCUGAUCACGGGAUGCACAGUGGAAUGAGCAGUAGUGGGGCUUUUACCAAGUAUGAUUAUGGGACCGAGCAACUCACACAAGAUCCGCCAUCCUGCCAGUCUCUGGAAUCCGACUCUAGUUCUUCGCUGCUCAAUGAGGGGAGCAAGCCUUCAUCUAGCGACUCACAGACCCUGGUGUCUCCGGGAAACCACUCCAGCAACAUUUCUGCAGGCGGAGGUGCCCCGUGGUACCCGAUGCACACGCGGACCCGAAAGAAACGCAAACCGUAUUCCAAACUCCAACUGGCGGAGCUAGAGGGCGAAUUCAUGCUCAAUGAGUUCAUCACCAGGCAGCGGCGGAGGGAGCUUUCCGACCGUCUAAACCUCAGCGACCAACAGGUUAAAAUAUGGUUCCAGAACCGGCGCAUGAAGAAGAAGAGACUCAUGCUAAGGGAGCAAGCAUUGGCCUACUUUUAGGGAUGUGACAAAAGGGUAAUCAAUUGGCAGGCAUAGGCUAGGGCCUGUUGGUCUCCAAGUAGUCUUAAAAAGCAUGCACUCUUCUACCCCUCCGAUGAAAGCAGGCUGAAUUAGACGUCCGUCAAGUUUAGAAAAAUACAGGAAGCUUAAAAUGUUGCUAUACAAUGCAAACGACCAAGAUGAUACUUCUGUCCAAACUUUAAAAUAUAAACUUCAACGCAGAAUUGGACUGUCCUUGUGUUGUAGUAUCAUACCUAUAUAUAGACGUCAAUGAGCUGUGAGAUGAUACUCUUGCGUGCCACAUAUGGUGUGCGCUACAUAAAUGGUGAGAUUGGUGGUUAAAGGCUAUGUUUUCCGAACAAAAUCUAUCUUUGUUAAGGAAUAUCUCACUUUGUUUUGAUAAGUGAUUUAUUAUCUUAUGAUACCUGUUGGUGUGUUUUUGCCAGCCAGGAUAUGGAUGAAAUAAGGCCAAGUUUACAAACCAUACAAAUUAACAUGCGGGCAACACAAAGAGGACAGAGAGGCCUAAAUGCGCAGUCCAAUUCCUUGCCAAUACCUCUGAAGCCACGCGCAUUUAACAUUGGAGUCUUCUUAAGUAUAACUUCCCAGUUGUUUGAUAUAUCCCCAGCGAUCCCUUGUUAUGGGAGCGGAACGUUAUCUCUUUACUGUAGAUUUCGUCACGUGUUUUGGGCACGUUCACGGUCAUGCAAAGGAGACAGACUUGAGGCCGCUGAUCUGAGGAUAGGGAUAAGGAAACCUCUAAUUUACAUGCUAGUAUCUUUAUGGCAGAAUAUUGAAACAGUAUUUGCCAUGAAUUUGCCCUGGUGCUGACAACUUUUUAAGAAAAUAUAUUCAUUAUUUUAUCGCCUCUCAACCCCCUAAAACAUAUUGCAUGGACUGGAUUUGAUUAACUGUGUAUAGUUUAUAGGAUUGCCGUUUGAAUAAUCUGGGCUGCUAUCAUUGAUCCUUUGAUUUCUAACAAUGUAGUCAGCUAUAUACAGAGUUCCUGGAAUCCCAUAUCAAAUCAACAGGUGCUUUGAUUGGUAAAAGUUCAAAAAAAUUAAGGUAUUGGGCCUACAACAAAAUGAGCGCACCAGAUCCUGGAAAUUCCACUGCAUUGUUCAUAACGCCUAAGAUAUGUUAUAGCAGUGAAAUGUAUUUGCAGCAUGUUAGUGAUGUGAAAUGUAAGUAACGGUCCGCAGACAACUUUCUGUCCCUUAUAACUAGGCUAAAGAAGAAUAACUGAUCAAAUGUAAUACGUUGAAUAGGCCCAUUGUCGCAUAAUCCUAUACUCAAUAUUUGUUACCAUUGCCUUUAAAAAUUUGAUUAUCAUUAUUAUUAUUUUCAUUAUUAUUUUUGAUAUACUCUAGUUAUUGUGUCCCAAAUUAUGUUUAUUUGUUGUAUUGUGUACGCUAUAUUCUAGGACGUCCCUUCUCUCAUCGUGUACUCUUCUAUACCAUUAUGCAAGUAGGUUAUGGAAAUUAUAUAACAUUAUAGUAUUUGCAUCCUUUUUUAUGAUACCCUGUCUCAUUGUAAGUGUUUUUAUGUUUUUGCUCCGAAUUGUCUUGUAAAAUAUCGCAUUCCAUAUCUGCGGUUGUAAGGAUUAUAUUAUUGUAUCAUGCAGGUAAUACCGAUUGUAUCAUGUGAACUGGGAUGGUAGACGCUAGGCCUAGAUCCCAUUUCAAUAUAAUAUCAAUAUGAAAGUGUUUGUCACUGUUCCCUUAUUUCGUCAUAUUGCAUUCCCUUCCUUGCGCUUGUAAGGGUUGCUAUUGUCUUGUAAAAGUAAUAAUGACAUGAAUGUUUAUGCAAG